CAGUGUGAUGACGUCAUGUUGCCGUAGAAACAGCAGCGCGUCGGCUAGCUACGAGCUAACUGUGUUAGCUGUCAAACGUUGUGUUUGAAACUUCGAAGCGUUUAUUUGUCAGUGUUUUACCAUCAACGAGUCGACGGAGCCGACGUUUAACCGGAUAACGACACUUGUUUUACCCGCUGAAGUGAAGUGACGGAUAAACAACGAACCACAGUCGCCUUGUGGUCCGAGGCGAGCUAACAGAUGCUAACAGAUGCUAACAGAUGCUAACAGGUGUCAGAAGGUGGAAACUAUGAAAUCAGAGACAUAAAUAAAGUGUUUCACCUGUAACACUUAAAUUCACCUGCAGGACUAAUAGAACAUGGAGUCUGUGUCCCAGCUGAAGAAACAUCUGGAGGAGGAAGAUCUGAACCUGCAGCAGAAAGUCACCUUGCUCAACAGCAGCGUCACGAACGUCCUGAACGUGGCGGCGCUUCAGACCGACAGCGGUGCUUUGCCUCGUGUGAAGUCUGAGCUGUAUCACAGCGGCGUCCUGAGUCACUGCGUCCUCGUCCUCGCUCAGGAUCCCAGAGAGCUGAGGAGCAACUGGAGCGCCGCCGCCACCCUCGCCCAGCUCACCAGCUCCUGCUGUGUUGGGUUUGACCCUGGUGACGAUGCAAAGGCCUUUUAUAGGCUCCUCCUACCGUCAGUCGUGGACGGCCUCCUGUCAUUGGCCAGUCAGCUGAUGAGGCGGGUGGAGGUGAGUGAGCCUUGAAGCUUCACAGUCGAAGCGUCUGAAGCUGAUCCAGAUGUGUGUGUGUGUCAGUGUGUGUCUCUGUUCAGGA